ACAAAUUUUAUUUUACGCUACGAUUAAUUCGAUUCUCGCGAUCCAGCGACCAUUUUUCUCGAUCAUUUUAAAUACGAUUGCUUCGAAUCGUACGUGGUCCAACGUGGCUUUCUUUUUGAAUGACAAUUUUCGCGAAUAAUCGAUCGAAUCUCGCGUCGUUUUUGCUUUCACAAUUUCGAAAAAGGUGCAGUGUUAAAUUAAAUGCAGUAUCUUUUAUUCGUUAUCGAAAAUUAGUAUGUGGAUGAGCCAAUGUAUAGCAAUUUAAAUUUGCAAAAUUUUUUUAACUCCACUAAAAUUUUUAUUUCAACUUAAUCGAGUUUUAGCUUCCCAAUUUUUUAUUAGAAAUGAUUCUAAAAAGUAAUUUUGCUCGUCUCUGGUCUCUGGUCUGGAGAACGAAGUGAGCAAUUGCGCGAAAAGGUUUGCUUGAAUAUUCCAAGUCCAAGCAGCUAGAAAUAACGAGGGAAAAUAAUUGGCUGCGAGAGCCAUUCGAUAUAUUCUUAAUAAAAUGCAUUUUGUCGAGCAAACCAUGUGAAUCCUAACCAGGCUCGUCUAAUGGGGGAGCACGUAUCGAUUUUUCCUAUGAUAAUUUGUGCAACUAGCUUUGAAACUACCAGCGAUGGGACAUAGACUUGUUUAGAAACACUAUCGAAACAUUCACCUUGCAAAUUGUUUCUCUAGCGUCCAUAAAAUUGGAAUAAUUUGUGCAACUACCUUUGAAACUACCAGCGAUGGGGCAUAGACUUGUUUAGAAACACUGUCGAAACAUUCACCUUGCAAAUUAUUUCUCUAGCGUCCAUAAAAUGGAAGAUUAGAAGCGAUUUGACUUGAUUUGAUACGUAUCGAUGAUAUCAAGCUUGAUGGCUGGUUAAAAUGAAAGAAACUUUCAUUCGUUACACACCGAUACCAAGAAUAACCAAUUAUUCAAGCUAAUUGUUCAGAUAACACAGCUUUAUUCAAAGUAUUGUCUAGAUAAACACGUACAGUGUCCUCCAUUUACGCUGUUAAUUGAUUCUGAAGCUUCCAGGAUAAAUAAAAUUGUAGAAAUUGUAUUGGAGGAAGCAAACAAGAUGGCUGAUGCUAGCAAAUUCUUGUGAGGACUAUUUUUUCGUUUCCCUUGCAAUAUAUUUGAUGUACAAUCUGAAUUUUGAAAGUAAAUUGAAGUCGAAUUGAUUCAUAUGUAGUUCUUUGUGAAAAGAUCGAAGAAAAUGAAACGUUUUAUAACGUGUGUAUGUAGAAAACAUGAUGAGGGACAUAAGUGGAACGCCAUAUAUUUAUAUAUUUGUGUUUUAACAUACGAAAUUACUAUUAAAAUAGUAGUAUUUAGUAGAUAAUAUGGAGAACAUAAGCAGGCUUGAUUAGAACCCCUAAGUCUUCGAAAUAGCUCUUUCGGGAUCAAUGAAUGUAUAAUUGGAUUAGUUCCAUCGCUGAACGCAACUGUUUCGACGAUAAUUGUAUAGUUAUGGUUGUUCCAUACCGUGUGUUGUGCGAUUAUUGUUGCGACUCGAUCGUAGGAGAAAUCGACGCAUGCGCGGUGCCCCGAAAAGUGGCCCAGAUGGCGCCACACGCGAGACUUGGUCGUAGGGGAACCCCCCAAUGUGAAUCUCGUGCGUGUACAUUGAUAUCGAAACAGUUUUACGGUUUAUUGACUCGAAUAAAUUACGUUCUUUGUUAUUGUCGGGCCACAGGAAUGAAAAUCGACGAUCGACCGAUGCCAAUUGAGGAUUUCUGUACGAGUUUUGCGUUGUAUCUUGCGCGUGCCCGGUAAUAGAGCGUGUUUAAUUAAUUAUAAUUGUAUAAUUUUCAGUGUCGGGACUCGACAAAUCAGCGACUCGGCCAUUCGUAUCGAACCAUUCCCGAACGGGUAAUUUUUAAACCGAAAUUAACAUCGAACUAGUUUCAAACGUAUUAGAAAAUGUAUUAGAUUUCACGACGAGUGCAACAUUGAUACAAAGAAAUUAUGAAUCAGACUGUACACGAUCUACAGGGUGAUCCAGGCAAUUGUUUCGAGUCAUAACUCCGUUAUUAUUGCAUUUACGAAAAAAUACCAAAAGGAGAAAACUAAAUGGUUCGAUGAGCACUAUAUUCGUAGGCCUUUAAAUUUUUUUUAUAUGCAACGGUGCAUGUGCAAUUAACAAUCGCAUAAUUUCUUUAAAUAGAAGUGCAUAUUUUUUUUUACACGGAUCGAUUCUUCCGUUCAUUCCGCGUAAAAAAUUAUUGGGGUACCAUGGCGAAAAAAUUAUUGGAUCUCGAGAUAUUUUCAAAAAAUGUUUUUAUCGAAGAAGUAUAUGUAUACAGGGUGAUCCAGGCAAUUGUUUCGAGUCAUAGCUCCGUUAUUAUUGCAUUUACGAAAAAAUACCAAAAGGAGAAAACUAAAUGGUACGAUGAGCACUACAUCCGUAGGCCUUUAAAUUUUUUUUAGAUGCAACGGUGCAUGUGCAAUUAACAAUCGCAUAAUUUCUUUAAAUAGAAGUGCAUAUUUUUUUUUACACGGAUCGAUUCUUCCGUUCAUUCCGCGUAAAAAAUUAUUGGGGUACCAUGGCGAAAAAAUUAUUGGAUCUCGAGAUAUUUUCAAAAAAUGUUUUUAUCGGAGAAGUAUAUGUAUACCGGGUGGUCCACGCGUAGUAGAACGAACGUCGCGUUUUUAUCUUUUUGUUCUCGUAAAUUCCGCGUUGUUUUGCCUUCUAUCGGGUUUGAUUCGAUCGAGCUGGUCGAUGGAGUAUAUGUACAUACAUACACACGUUGUUUUUAGCGAGCCUAGAAACUCAACACCGCGUUUUAUCGUCGCUACGGGCACUCGAGCCACCCCCUUUCCGCCAUUUUAACCUUUUGACCUGCAUUUCCAUUUCUUUCACGACUUUCGAUUGAUUUGAAGCUCGCGUAAUUCAGUACGAUAAACAAUUCAAAGAAAAAAACGAUCUUCUUAAGUUUAAUAAUUUUAUUAUUAAAUAUUAUUGAUAUUGGAUGUAAUACUGAUCGAAAUAAUUAGAGAAUCGACCAUUCAGGGAUGAUUUUAUCGUUGAAGUUUAAUGGAAUACGCUGUCAUGAAAACCUAACCUCAAUCUAUAAACUUGAAGCCUCGAAAAAUAUUCAAAAUCCAUAUUUCUUUAACGAUGUGUCUUCCAUUUUAUGUUAUUCUUAAUUGUUCCUUAUAAAAUAUCAUUUUUUUAAACAAUUGUAUGAUAAAUUACUUGUUAACUAUGUUUUUAUACAAUCACACAGUGGUUUUCGAAUUUUUGUUAUUAAAAAAGUGAGUUAGUUGACGAUUAAUUCCAUUUGGACAAAGAUUUUUUCGACAAAAUGUAACAUUUUGGUAUUAUUUGCUGUUUUUAUUAUACAGAAAUAGUUAAUUUUCAUUUAUGAAACUGAUGGAGACCUAGAAGCCUUUAAAAUCGUUAUUUAAAAAAUUUUCGAAGUUUAACAAUCAUUUAUGAAAAUACAGUAUCAAUUUUAACAAAAAUUUCACGAAAUAUUCAUUCGUUAAAUGGAAUAUUUAAGUUCUUGGUUUACGAAGUAAUUAACAAUUAAUUUUCAUUAAAGAAACUAACCUCAAAACCUUUAAAAUUUUCGGAAGUUUCAAAUUAACGAUCAACUCUGUAUUUCAUCAAUUCUGAAAAUACAAUAUUAAUUUUGACAAAGAUUUCGCGAAAUAUUUAUCAAUUAAAUGGAAUAUUAAAAUUCUUGGUUUAAGAAGUAAUUAUUGACAAUUUUUAUAUUUAUUAUUUUGCUCUUGUAACUGUGUUUUUCUGAGCGUUGAAAUCGAGGAAUCUUCGCGAAACUAUCGAGCGGCUUUAAUAUGCAUGUAUUUCUGUCCUCGGAAUUAUUACAUAAUGUAUGACAGGGUCUAUCGCGAUAGCAUCAAAUGUGCAGCAAGAGCUGUUAUCGUUUUAUCAUUCCCCGUAAUGACCCCCCCAACUCCUGACAUUGCUUGUCGUUUAUUUCCCCGUGUAAAUAGUUUCGCUAUGCGUCACCAAUCUCUGCCAUGCGAUGUAUCUCGUUUCUAUCGAACGUUAAAUAGAAUUCUAACCUCGAAAACGAACGAAAUCCUCGAAAAUGGUAAACAAAAAACCGAAUACUUAAUUGUGAGAGAUGUGUUGGACUUUAAAAUCAAUUUCAAGCAGAAACAAUUUCAUAAAAUCUAAAAAAAAAUUCAUAUAUUGUACAAAAAUUAAUUAUUAUUUAAUGUACUUUGUGGAUUCGAAUUUUUUAUUUUUGGGAAGGAAACAGUUUAAUUAGGAUCUAAAAGAAAGUUCGUAUAUUGUACAAAAAUUAACUAUUAUUUAACGUACUUUGAGGUCGAGUUUCUAUUGAACCGGAAGUCCCCAUGAAAAUGGUUCCCAAAACCGUGAAAAAUGUGGAUGCAACUAAUUUUUUAUCUUUUUGGAAGGAAACAGUUUAAUAGAAUCUAAAAAAAAAAUUCAUAUAUUAUACAAAAAUUAUUAUUUAAUAUACUUUGUGGAUGCAACUAAUUUUUUAUCUUUUUGGAAGGAAACAGUUUAAUAGAAUCCAAAAGAAAGUUCGUAUAUUGUACAGAAAUUAACUAUUAUUUAACGUACUUUGAGGUCGAGUUUCUAUUGAACCGGAAGUCCCCAUGAAAAUGGUUCCUAAAACCGUGAAAAAUGUGGAUGCAACUAAUUUUUUAUCUUUGGAAGGAAACAGUUUAAUAGAAUCUAAAAGAAAGUUCGUAUAUUGUACAAAAAUUAACUAUUAUUUAACGUACUUUGAGGUCGAGUUUCUAUUGAACCGGAAGUCCCAUGAAAAUGGUUCCCAAAACCGUGAAAAAUGUGGAUGCAACUAAUUUUUUAUCUUUUUGGAAGGAAACAGUUUAAUAGAAUCUAAAAAAAAAAUUCAUAUAUUAUACAAAAAUUAUUAUUUAAUAUACUUUGUGGAUGCAACUAAUUUUUUAUCUUUUUGGAAGGAAACAGUUUAAUAGGAUCUAAAAGAAAGUUCGUAUAUUGUACAAAAAUUAACUAUUAUUUAACGUACUUUGAGGUCGAGUUUCUAUUGAACCGGAAGUCCCAUGAAAAUGGUUCCUAAAACCGUGAAAAACCCCCAUAUUGUUGUUAAUUUCCGCCAUAUUUCGACUACUUUAUCGAAAAAGAUCAGAAAAGAAAGAUUUUUGGAUUUGAAUCACGAUUUUUCGUGCAUUUUUUGACUCCCAGUUAAAUUUUCACGUUAUUUCGUUGCUAUCGUCGAAAAUGAUCGAUGGAAAAAAAAAAUUUGAAAUGAAAUAUUGACUACGCGAAUAUCGAAAGCCGAUUCACACGACCUGUCGAGUCUCGUCAACGGCACGCUAAAAAAUUCUAUAGAAAAAGACUCUAAUAUAUGAAAUCUAUUUAUAAUAUUAUAUUCCUGUUAUAAUAAUAUUUGUAUGCUACACGAAUUAAGAGGCUCCCGUACGAAACAUUAAAAACCAUAUUGACACUAUAUAUAUUAAUACUAUUAAUAUUGUAUUUAUAUUAUAUACGUGUAUAAUAAUAUUAAUACUAUCAAAUAUAUUUAUGAUCUCCCGUAAACGACACAAUAAAACAGCUGCUAUUCAUUACUGCCGCUUGGUGAGGAUCGCCUUUACGUUUCGAACGAGGAAUUUUUAAUUGUCCCCCCCCCCGGCCCGUGUUCGCGUGGAACAAUGCGUGAGAUUUGAAUAGCGAUUAUUAUUAGGAUUUUAUCUAAGGUGUAAAAUUCGAAUCGAAUGAUAUACCAUAAGAAUGGGAGAAUGAUGUUUCCAAGUGCGCGGCGGCUUGGAAUUAAACGAAUGAAAGGGGGGAUACGCAAUUUCGCUCGAUGAUAGCGAAAUUGUUGCUCGAAAAGGGGGGAUGUAUGAUUAAAGAAACGUUUAAACAUAUUGGAGCUUCUGUAGUUGCGAAACGAUGUCAUUUUGAAAAUUAACCGAGAACACACAGGCAUAGACUAGCGAUACACAAGGCGGUGAAUUAUAUUCUAAGGAUGUAAACAAACUUGUAACGUUUGAAUGAGCAGUAUCAUGUACCGUAAUCUGUUUGUUUAAAAUAAAUACCCAUUAAGUGUACAAAAAAAAUGAAACAAAUUCCGAUUUAUACUGCGAAAAAGCAUUGGGGAGAUACACCUUCGAUUAAAUUAAUUGCUCUGUACCCUCUCUUCGUUUUCUUUCAAUACAACCAUGAACUACUUGAUGAAUAUACAGGGUGUGUUAAAAAUAUUUGUAAAUAACCUCAAAAUGUGGCGAAAAUUUUCUGGAAUAUCUCAGAAGUGUCUUAGAUUUCACGAACUAACGAAAUAUGGAAAAAGAAACAAGAAAUUUGAGUAUAAAUUAUUGCAUUUGUUUUUUAAAAAAAUGUAAAAAAAACGAAUAUAUUUAUUGAAAGAUUUAAAACCUAUUGUGUAUUCAACAGAAAUUGCAAGGAUACAAAAUAGGUUUCAGAGUGUCCAUUUUAAGUCCUCCAUUUUGUUAUUUUUCUGAGUAGAUUCGACUCUGUAAAUAUUUACAUGUAUUUCUGAGACACCCUAUAUACGGUCGAAAGUGUCAGAUCAAUUAUUUAUUUAACAGAAGAAUAAAUAACUUCAAUAAGAACAAACCUUUAAUUUGUACACCAGAUGUCGCGUCAGUAGCGACGAAACCGUUUCUUCGUUCACGUCUUUGAAAAGUUGAAGUUGUUGUGAAUUAUUCGAAUCUAUACUUAUCAAUUUAAAUCAAAAUAUUUAUGACACGCAAUACUGUUUCCCGGCUUCUAUAAUAAUUUAAUCGCUCAUGGGGAAACGAUAUUAUUGCGCUUAUUGCGACAGAUCGUUCAAGGAUGAUCCAGAAGCUAGGAAAAAGCAUCUUUCGAGCUUGCAACAUGCAAAGAACCGCGCUGAUCAUUACAAUAUGUACAAAGACCCAGAAGUUAUAUUAAAGGAAGAAUGCGCAAAAACGCCAUGUAAACGUUAUUUAACCAUCGGUGAUUGCGCGUUCGGUCUCGGAUGCAGGUUUUCCCAUUACACGCCUCAGAUGAUAUGGGAAUUGCAACAUUUUGUUGAAACGAGAAACCAGUCGAGGUCACAGUUCGUGCCUGAAAAUGGCUGGCCAAAUCCUGACGAUAUUAUCAAAGAAUAUUUUGAAUUUAAUACAAAUUCAAGCGGCUCUGAGGAGGUUAACUAUCCUGCGUGGUAUAGACCGUUGGAAAUGCACGAUUAUGCGAUGCUACCACCGUCGUUAUGGCCUAUCACACCGGAAAGUUUAGUAAAUACUACAGUAUUUAAAGAAUGGGGUUAACCAGGAUUUUAAGAUCGUAAUACAGGUUGAGAGUAAAUCUUUAAUGUGUGUUGCAGAAAGAAUAAAAUUCUUAAAAUUCUUAACCUUAUCUUACGAAGCUA